AUGCCGGACUCCUUCACCAUCCACUUCCUGAAGGUGCUGAGGGAGCUGCUGGCCUUCGUGCUCUUCAGUUACACCGUGUUGGUCGGGGCGCUGCUGCUCGCUGGAUGGACAACGUACUUCUUGGUGCUUAAAUGAGUCCUCUCCAAAGGGAACAGGCUCCAUCAUGCAGCUCAUCCUGCACAUCUGCUCAUCACAUGAGGUCCCUUCCUCCUGCAAGUGUUUUGUUUCAUUACUGCCUAAUCACAGUCUUAUUUUCUUAUGUAAAAACAAUAAAGGUUUCCAAAGCAUCUA